AUGCCUCCAAAGAGGAAGAGGAAGGUCUCAGCAACGGCCGCAGCCAUUGAGCCGGAAGGACCGCAGCAAUCGCAGCCUCGGAUAACUAACUUGUUCGGAGCCACCAAACCCGGGCGCGCGCCGAUCAAUUCGAAGUAUAAGCGACCGAAUCUGCAGACCCAGGUGAAGGAACCCGCUAGCACCAACGCACUUGAAAGCCGGAGGAGCAGUCCACCAACCCCUAAGUUGCGACGGUCCGGACGUUUGGUUUACCCCGGCAAUAGGCUACUGAGGGAAUCCUCGGACGAGUCUCCUACGGAAGGCGAAGACACAGUACCGGAUACGCCGGAGCUCUUGGUCUCCAAUGUGAUGGUGGAGGGUUCUCCAAUUGCUGCAGAAAUCGACACGGUAAAGUCUGCCUCCCAGAGUCCAUCGCUCUUGUCGGAUCGAUGUCGGAUAGAGGUCGCUGAGACGCCGGAACCGAGCAGACUGAGAGAUCCGUUAUCAGCUGUAAGAAGGUCAUUGAGUGAAACUCCCACAUUUGCGAAGGCCUCGCAGCUCUUGCAAUCAUCUCGAAUAAGUCCUGUGACACCUUACUCACAAUACGAAGUCGAUUUGGAUUACGAGGAUCUGGAAGAAAUAGAGAAGAACGCCUCUUCCAUGAUGGCUCACGAAGGAGAUAGAAGCGUUGUAAACAGAAAAGUACCGAGCCUCGAGCUCAAGAUGAGAGGGAACCUCGAUAGUGCCGAAAGCUCUCCACUAGCUCGAAGUCGACCACAACGAAGUGGGAAUCUAUCUGUCACGGAAAUGGCGAUCUCUUCAAGGUCACAGCGGGCUCCUCAGAAGAACUCCGAAGCCGAUUAUGGAUUGACGCGGAAGGAUGUACCACCAUCGUCGAACGUGGGUCCCAUCACGGACGAGUUCAAAACAGGUGUCAUUCAGAUUCCGGAUAUCGUUACGAACCACGACACGGACCCAGACUCCGAAAUGUCCGAGGAUGUGAUGGAGGCUCUCGCGGCUUUCGAGACGGACGAUGACUGGAUGAUGGAUGAUGACUCUGCAUUUGACAUUGAGCCGGAUGUUGCGAUGCGAGGACAGAUUACCGACACUGAUGAGGCGCCGAGCCCGCAAAAGAUUGUGGAGGCCAACACAAGCGGAUCGGAUGACUCCGAAGGUACCAUCGUGCCCAUAGAUAAACUUUUCGUUGCGGACGCGGAUGAGAACACCUCUCUCUUACUUUCCAACGACGUUUACGGCAUUCCCGAGGAAAUCAUCACGGCGUAUGCUCGACAUGGUAUUACUACGUUGUAUCCUUGGCAAGCCGAGUGCCUCCAGCUGGAAGGAGUUCUAGACGGCUCGAAAAAUCUGCUUUACAGCGCCCCGACGAGCGGUGGCAAAAGUUUGGUAGCGGACAUAGUGAUGUUGAAGAAAGUUCUGAAGACGAGGCGGAAAGCGAUCAUGAUUGUGCCAUUCGUUGCGUUGGCUAGCGAGCGAACCAAAGCGAUGCAGAACAUCUUUGCCUCUCAAUCUUUGAACAUCGUCGGAUACUACAGUGAUGUCGGAGCUGCUUCGUUCGAUGCGAUCGACAUUGCAUAUUGCACGAUUGAGAAGGCAAACAGCCUGGUUAACAAACUGCAACAAGAGAACAAACUCGAAGAGCUUGGCAUCGUAGUAGUUGAUGAGCUGCACAUGGCAGGAGAUCCACAACGAGGAUAUCUGCUGGAACUUUUGUUAACGAAGCUUUCGUUCAUUCUGGCCGGGCAGCUGCAGGUCGUUGGGAUGUCAGCGACAUUACCAAACAUCAACAUCUUUGAAAGAUGGUUGGAUGCUCACUUGUACGUUACCGACUUCCGCCCGGUCCCGCUAACGGAGUACAUCAAAUUCGGCAACAGCCUCUAUGAUUCCGAAGGGAACCUGCUCAAAGGUCUAGGGAAGCCAAACACCUGGGACCCCGACCUCCUCCUCUCCUUGGUUGUGCCCACGGUCGAGGAAUCUGCGUCCGUUUUGAUCUUUUGCCCCGCUUCUAAGCGAUAUUGCGAGAACACCGCAAAGCUGCUGAGCAACCGGCUUCCGCGGACGGCCAGCAAUGAGGUGAUGGAAAAGCGCCGUGAUGUGGUGCGGGAACUCGAGCGUACCCCUGGGAGCCUCGACACGGAUUUGGCGAACUACAUCAUGGCGGGUGUGGCGUUCCACCACGCUGGCCUGAUCACGGAGGAGAAAGAGAUCAUUGAGGAUGCGUAUCGAGCUGGUGUUAUCAAUGUCAUAGCAUGCACUUCGACACUCGCCAUGGGGGUGAAUCUCCCUGCUCGACGGGUCAUCUUCCGUGACCUGAAGAAGUUCCGAGGAGAGCUGAUCAGCCCACGGGAGUACCAGCAGAUGCGCGGACGGGCUGGACGAAAGGGACUCGAUUCGCAUGGGGAGAGCAUUAUUAUGUGCAGCGACAAAUACGAGUUCGCGGCGGCACAAGCAUUGAUUAGCUCCGAUCUGCACCCCGUAACAUCAUGCCUGCUGACCGACGUAAAAGGGAUGAAGAGAGCCUUGUUGGAGGUCGUCGUAGCAGGUGUCGUGUCGUCCCUGGAGGAUAUGCAGAUGUAUCUACGAUACACUUUGUUGUAUGCCGAGCACGGGGAGCAUGAUGAGGAGACGCACAAUUGCCUUCUCGGCGCCCUCACGUUUUUGGAAACCAAUCGAUUCAUCGGGCGCGAUGAGAAUCAGCAGUUCCGACCGACGAGGCUUGGCCGGGCUGCCGUCUUCUCCUCGUUGUCCCCGGAAGAAGCUUUGGUAGUUUACGAUGAGCUGCAUCGCGCCAGCGAGCGCUUUGCUCUGAACGAAGAGCUGCACACUGUUUACCUCGUGACACCAGUUUACAUGGACGACAAGUAUGUAGACUGGAACAAAUACGCCGAGUUGUAUGCUGACCUCACCGUUGACAAUGCUCGCAAAAACGUCGCCGAUCUCGUCGGUAUCAAUGAAAUCUCGCUCUAUCGCGCAAGAAAGCGACGGGGAUGGUCCGCCGACAACGAUGCGAGCGGUCGUGCCAUUCACAAACGCUUCUAUAUCGCCAUGAUUCUCAACGACCUUGUGCAAGAAAAGCCCUUCGACCUCAUCCUGCAUAAAUAUCCGAAUAUCAGCCGUGGAGAUCUGCAGAGCCUGCAAAUGCAGUCAGGAACGUUCGCUGGGAUGGUGAAGAUAUUCUGUCAGCAUCUCGGCUGGGACAAUCUCGUCGCUAUCCUGGACAAGUUCCAGGAUCGUCUCAACUUUGGUGUCACGGGAGACUUGGUGGACCUCAUGCAGAUCCCCGAGAUUGGAGGUGCGCGGGCCCGAAUGCUCUACGCCGCCGGUUUCAAGGAUGUGACCUCCCUCGCCGCCGCAAGUCCUGACGCCAUCUUUGAAGCACUGCGAAAGGGAUCGCCCUUCCAUCCAGCUGACAAUGACAGGGAAGCCCAGAAGCGCUUACUGUACCGGGCGGCUCAUAUGAUCUCGCAAGGCGCGGUCAAGGUUGUUCAUACGCAAUUGCAGCAGGCUGCCGUGGACGCGCAGCGGAAGAGAAAUCUCCUUGCAAGGGUACGAGACCUGGCGAGCCCGAUGUCUGCGCGUACACAGAAGGGGAGGACACCGAUUAUAUCGUCGGCUAACAGCGUGCGAACUCCUGGGAGUGCGCUGGCGAAAAGGGCACGCAUGAGGAAUAUCGAGACGCCAUGCCCGCGAGUCGGUGGACCGGUAGCAGUUGACACACCGGUUGCUGUACAACCAACUCCUUUGGGAGCAGGUCGCAAGGAAGGCGAUCGGCCAUACAUUGUGAGCCAUGCGACCGCAAGCGAGUCCUCAUUCAAAGAGGUUCUCAGCACGUGGAUUGCGAAGAAGAGCUUCGUUUGGCAUAUACAUUGCGUGCCUAGCAAGAGCUCGGGCCGCCUCCAGCCACGCGGCCUCUCCAUAUGUUGGGAUCCUGAGACCGUGUACUACAUGGACACCACCAGCAAGGUGUUCAGCUGGCGCGCCCUUCAGCCAGUGUUCGAAAUUCGGUCCGUCAAGAUAUGUUUCGACGCCAAGUCGCACAUAGGACACCUACUUGAGAACAAAGUCGUUCCUGUGCCUACAUUCCGAGACCCCAAGAUCGCAAACUGGCUGCUGGAGCCAGACAUGCCGGAACGUUCCCUUCAAGGUCUCUUUGAGGCCCAUCUCGUAAAGCCACCGCUCAAGGGUGACCCGUUAGACAUCAUGAGCCAAUGUUCUAAAGCGGCAUGGCAGACGUACAAACUGAUGGAAACACUGUACCAGCGAAUAUGCGCCCAAGGUCUCGACAAACACUUUGUUAACAUCGAGAUGCCGAUCGCCUUCAUUCUCGCCAAGAUGCAGCAUGUCGGCAUCGGAAUUCAAUUGAAAGACAUCCAGAAGUGUACCGACAUAUAUCGUGGGGCGCUUGCCAGCAUCGAGAGCCAGGCCCACAAGCUCGCCGGGACCGCCUUCAAUCUGACGGAAGGGCAAGAGGUGGCCAAAGUACUAUAUGACGUGCUUCAACUUCCUUACGAUAGCGUUUUGGAUCCAGCGACCAAACGAGAAGAUGACAAGCGGCGCGAGAAGGGCAAAAACGUAUUCCGCCGGACGUCGAAGGAGAUACUGGAGAAACUUAAGGAUCACCACCCGUUGCCUGCUAUGAUGAUGGAACACCGGAGGUUGUCUAAGCUUGCUGCUACUCAUCUGGUGCCUCUGCAAAUCGCGAAGGUGACGUCGGGCAUCUUUGCUAUGGAUCGGAUUCACUGUACAUUCCAGACACAUACGGCUACGGGACGGGUGACAACUACAAACCCCAACUUGCAGAGUAUUCCCCACCCGCGACGCGCCGGCGAUGGGCUUGAUAUCGAGUCCGUGAACAUCCGUAACGCUUUCUGCGCUGCUGAGGGAAUGAUCUUUGUGUCAGCAGACUACGGGCAGGUGGAGCUGCGUAUCAUUGCCCAUAUGUCAGGCGAUGAAAAGCUUAUCGCCCUGAUUCAUUCGGGCGGAGAUUUCUUCUGCAUGCUAGCGGCAGAGUUGAUGCAGAAAAAAGUCGGUGACGUACAGGAAGCGGAUAGAGAUCGAGCGAAGGCUUGCACCUAUGGAGUAAUGUACGGGAAAGGGCCAAUUGCCAUUGCCGAGGACCUCAACAUACCGUUAACUGAAGCGGAAGGUUUGAUACGUACGAUGGACGAAAAAUACCCGGGAGUCGCGGCGUGGAAGCGGAGAACCGUGCAGAUGUGCCAUGAAAACGGUUACGUCGAGACGUUACUGGGAAGGAGACGAUACUUGCCUGACAUCCAUUCCAAGACGAGCGCUGACAGGGCUCAUGCAGAGCGCCAGUCAAUAAAUACCACCGUGCAAGGCUCCGCAGCGGAUUUGAUCAAAGUCGCAAUGGCGCAUCUUGUACCGAACAUCUCGACCACAGAUAAACAGUUUCGAGAGCGCCGAUGGGGAAUGUGGUUACGCGAUGACGUUCCAGCGAAUACCGUCCCUCAUCUCAUCCUGCAGAUCCAUGACGAACUCUUAUACGAGGUUCCGCUGAAUCUCGUAGAUGUUGUCCGCCCGAUCAUCCGAGAUUGCAUGGAGAAAACAUGCGAUAUGCGGGUGCCAGUUAACGUGCGUCUGAAAACUGGCAAAACGUGGGGUAAUCUCAACUGA